AUGGAAUUAUCCAUGUCAGAUCUUCGAAUGAAAUACUAUGGCACAGCAGACUGGUCAGAGAUGUCCGACAUCAUGAGCAAACGACAGAAAGAGGAAUGGAACAACAAUGCAGCAGAUCCUGCAAAGAACAUUGCAAAGAAUUGGGUUAAGACAGAGUUCCCAUAUUAUGUUCCUGAAAACGAACUUCCUUGUCCGCUGCCUACCGUGGCCGAAAUCGAGGCGGCAGGAGAUACCGGUAAUCUGUACCGCGGCGGAAUCAAUUCAGUAUAUAGGGAAGCCGAAAAUCUUCUAUUCCUAGCAGAGAACACCCAAAUCAGACUCCCCAAAGUCUACGCCGUCUUUGACCAUCAAGGCGGAGAUCCAAGAGGGCUAAUCCGUGAUCCUAAGCAACGGUCUUUCACUGACCGUUCUUCUUUGCCCCGCUACUACUAUCUUGUUAUGGAGUAUAUUCCUGGAAGAAUUUGCAGUCGCGAGUUCUAUCGCAGUCUCUCAAAGCAGGCCCAAGAGAAUAUAAUUCGAAAUAUUGCGGGGCAAAUGCGCCUUCUCCGCGAUGUGCCAACACCAUCACCAGAAUAUUAUGGACGAAUAUACCACCAAGGCUGGCAUCCAAAUAUGCUCCAGCUACAAUAUGCUGGUCCACGGGGCUGUCUAAGGGGCCCAUACGACUCCCACGAGGACUUUAUCAACGCGGUAUAUAAGACGCAGGAGUACACCAACUUAAUGCAAUACUGCGACGACUUCGACUCACUAGCGAAACUGUACUUCCAAUCCUUUCCACAAAUCAUGUCACGCGCUGUUGGGAGAAAGCCUGUUCUUAAUCACCUCGAUUUUAAGAUGGACCAAGUAAUGAUCUUGGAGAACGAGGACAAAGAUAAUCCCGAUGUUGUCAUUCUAGACUGGUCAUAUAUGGGAUGGGUGCCAGCGUACAUGGAUACCGCACUCUCACUCCACACCGGCUAUAACGAGUACUACGGUCACAUUUAUAACUGGGAAAUGGGUAAGGACGUAGAGCCGGCACAUCUUGAUACUGCCCUCUACUUCCAAAAGUUUCUUCAAGUUUGA